UACACUGUGCCCUAAAACCCUCAGCUCAGCCUCCGAUUCUGUCGGCCUCAGCGAGGGAAAGGAGAGAAAAAGAGCAAUUAAUGGCGAAGAAUAAGACGCUGAUCGCCGUGGGGUUUGAGGGGUCGGCGAACAAGAUCGGCGUGGGGGUCGUCGCCCUCGACGGCACCAUCCUCUCCAACCCUCGCCACACCUACAUCACGCCGCCUGGCCACGGGUUUCUUCCCCGGGAGACCGCCCACCACCACCUCCGCCACGUCCUCCCCCUCCUCCGCUCCGCCCUCGACGACGCCGGCAUCACCCCCGCCGACGUCGACUGCCUCUGCUACACCAAGGGGCCCGGCAUGGGCGCCCCCCUUCAGGUCUCCGCGGUGGCCGUCCGCGCCCUCUCCCAGCUCUGGGGGAAGCCCAUCGUCGCCGUCAACCACUGCGUUGCCCACAUCGAGAUGGGCCGGGUCGUCACCGGGGCCGAGGACCCUGUCGUGCUUUACGUCAGUGGAGGGAACACUCAAGUCAUAGCGUACAGCGAGGGAAGGUACCGAAUUUUCGGGGAGACUAUUGACAUCGCUGUUGGUAAUUGCCUGGAUCGUUUUGCUAGGGUUCUUACCCUGUCCAAUGAUCCCAGUCCCGGAUAUAACAUCGAGCAGCUUGCAAAGAAAGGAGAAAAGUUCAUAGAUCUUCCUUAUGUUGUCAAGGGUAUGGAUGUUUCAUUUAGUGGCAUAUUAAGCUAUAUUGAAGCGACUGCAGUUGAGAAGCUUAAAAACAAUGAAUGCACACCAGCAGAUCUCUGUUACUCCUUGCAGGAAACGCUCUUUGCUAUGCUUGUGGAGAUCACUGAACGUGCAAUGGCACAUUGUGAUACGAAGGAUGUCCUAAUUGUUGGUGGUGUAGGAUGCAAUGAACGCUUGCAAGAGAUGAUGAGGAUAAUGUGCUCAGAGAGGGGAGGCAAAUUGUUUGCAACUGACGAUAGAUACUGUGUCGACAAUGGAGCAAUGAUAGCAUAUACUGGUCUCCUUGCGUUUGCACAUGGCAUGACCACGCCAUUGGAGGAAUCAACAUUUACUCAGAGGUUCCGCACUGAUGAAGUUCAAGCAAUUUGGAGAGAGAAAAGUAUCUGUGGAGAGUAGCAGAAAUUAAAGAAUGUUCUCCCAAGGAUCAUCCUUUUGCAUUCUCUCCAAAAGUUUGGAACAUUGUGUUGUCAAAGAACAUGCACCUUUCAAGUCAUUGGUGUCAAAGAAUGCACACGUUGGAACUUCAUUACCAUAUUCUGCAGGCACUACAUUUAAUACAGGAUUUGAAUAGAUAUCUACCAACAUGAAUCAGAUAUGUGCUUUUUGUCUCCACCAUUUUGCAUUCCUUCGCUUUGUGCAUAAUGAACUUUGCAGCAUCAUUAGUAGGGAAAAAACUGUCAAGAACUUUUUGGCAACAUUAGUAUUUGUGCAACCUCAUAUUGCCUGUUGUGCUUGACAUCUCACUGGUUUGAACAAUAUAUGCUCGGCUUUGAUUAA